AUGGACGCUGUCGAGGUGGCCGCUGCUACAGCCUAUUGUGCAUUUGCAUUAAGCUUACGGUUCCAUAUAACAGGUUCAUCUUGGUACAACUCCAAAAACUUAAACGUUAAUUCGUUUGUCCAAUCACACAACAAAAAACAAGUUUUGGAGUUCUUGUCUUUGAACACUUUGACCGAGGUUUAUUUUCAACCAAGUUGUAUUAAAAAUGUAAGUUUUGUAACAACCAAUCAUAAAAUGGAAAAGCGAAAAAAAGACAGGCAAUCAAUUUUAUUAUGGAAUAGCUUAUAUAAUAAAGUUACAGAAUUUGAAGAAUUAAAAAUAGUAACUGUUGAAAUUGAAGGCAACUGGUUCAGAGGGAAACUAAUUAGUUACAAUGAAUUUAAAACUGAAAAUACCUUAAUUCAAUUAAUUGAUUAUGGCAAUUUCUAUGAAACUAAAUUAGAGAAUCUGUUUGUCAUUCCAUAUUAUUUUAUAUAUGAACCAUUAGUUUUACCAGUCACAUUCAAAGAUUUUAUUCUGAAGAAAACAAAAUUUUCUAUAAAACCCCUUCUGUCAGAGACUAAACUACAUGAAGGAGUUGUUCUUGUUGAUGUCAAAUGCAAUGAUAGAAAGUUGGAAAAUUGUGUUAAUGAAAAACAAUUAUUAGAAUCAAAAAAAGACAUUGACUCUGCUAAUGAUUCAAAAAUUAUAAGUGUAAAAAAUAAUAUAACCAAUCGCCAUGAUAAUAACGAAUUAAGCUCAUAUGUAUCUAGAACUCUCAGAAAAGGUAGCUUCAUUAGCGAAAAAAAUCUGAACAAUGUGCCAUUAAAAAAUGAGGAUUAUUGCAUUUUGACUUAUUUUGAAGAUUUUACUUGUUUGUAUGUUGGAAAAGCUAUAAAAUGUGGCAAUACUGGCAGUUACAAUUUCGUUGAUUAUGAUACUCUAUUAAACACUGCUAAUAGUACAGAUAAAAUACUAAAAUAUAAUCCAGCUGUGGGAGACAUGGUCAAAGUUUUUUCAUCUGUAAAUGAUGGUUUAUAUAGAGCAAAAAUAUUAAAAAAUAAUAAAGAUUGUUAUAAUGUUUUCUACAUUGAUUUUGGAAACAUUGAAGAUUCAAAUGUUAUAUAUGAAUUGGCUGAUGAAUUGAAGAAGCCUGGAAUAGCUGUUAAAAUAGGACUCGGUGAUUUAAAAAAUAUUCAAACAACUGAACAAAUUAAAGAUAUGUUUCAAACAUUUUGUGACGUCGGAAAGCCAUUUAUGAUUGUGUUUAAUGAAAACUCUGAAAAUUGUCUAGAAAAUGUCAAAUUAAAAGAUAUAGAAAAUGGAUCAUAUAUUAAUUCUAAAUAUUUAAUGAAACGUACAUCAACACAAACUGAUACAUCCAAAGUUAUUGAUCAACAGGCAAGAUCACGAAGUUUAAUUUUUUAUAAUGCUGCAGAAUCUGAUGGAAAUAAUGAAGAUGACAUAUCUCUAAUAAGAUCUGUCUUACGUGUUAUGACUCGUAAUAUUGCUCCAGCAUUAGUCACUAGACUAGGAAAAAAAACAAGUGAACCUCGGCCACUUAAAGUUACUUUUCAUGAUCCAUCAGAUAUUUUUAUUGUACUUAAAAAUAAAUACAAACUGUGCACUUCAUCUACAUUCAGUUCCAUUCAGAUAUCUACAGAUCGUACUAAAAUGCAACAAAAUGAACUUCGUGAUAUCAUAAAAAAACUCGAUGAACGUAAAGCAGCCGGUGAAUCCAACAUAGUGUUGAAAUUUGACAAAGGCGUUCCAACCAUUUCAAAAUACUAG